GUUUAUCGCACGGCACCGUCAAUUCAACUCCCGCAUAAAGCAUAGAACCCCAAAAUCCUCUCUCACUCACUCAAACUCUUAAAACUCCACACUUCCCUCAGAAAAUCUUCCUCACAAAGCUACUCUCUUUCUCUCCACUUCUCCACCACCAACUCCUCCAAUAUGACAUCCAAGAAAGACUGCGGCCACCACGGCCAAAAACGCCGAAGACUCGUCCGCCUGUUAUUCGCCGGAAUCCUAACCUUCCUCCUCAUUGCCCUCAUCAUAAUCCUCAUAGUUUGGGCCAUCCUCCGUCCUUCAAAACCAAAAUUCAUCCUCCAAGAUGCUACAGUUUACGCCUUUAACGUUUCAUAUCCAAACUUCAUCACUUCCAACUUCCAAGUCACCGUAUCCUCUCGCAACCCGGAUGAUAGAGUCGGAAUCUACUAUGAUAGACUCGAUAUAUAUGCCACAUACCGUAACCAACAAAUAACUCUACGAACUUCCAUACCUACUUCUUACCAAGGACACAAAGAGAUUAAUGUUUGGUCCCCUUUUAUUUACGGCAACUCCGUGCCGGUAUCUCCGUACAAUUCAGCUGCAUUAAGUCAAGACCAAGGUGCAGGAGUUGUGAUGCUGAUGAUCAAGAUUGAUGGUCGUGUUCGAUUCAAAGUCGGAACCUUUAUUUCUGCGAAAUACAAUUUGCAUGUUAGGUGUCCUGCUUAUAUUCAGUUUGGUAGCAGAACUAAUGGAAUUAUGGUCGGUGACAACGUCGUUAAGUAUCAGCUGGCAACGAGUUGCCAUGUAAGCCUCUGAAGAUGAGGGAGAUUAUAUAUAUAUAUAUAUAUAAGUAUCAGCUGGUAAGGAGUUGCCAUAUAUAUAUAUAGAAGAAGAUGGUCACAUGUUAUACCGCCUUUAAGUAAUUAUUUCUUCUUUUUAGUCUUCAAUGUUUUUAGUUUAAUUUGAUGUGUUACUUCUUCUGCAAUUGAUGAUGGGCUAUCUCUGUUUCUUAGAUUAUAUGUGUAUACACGUGAGAUCGAUAUGAAAUCAAGACUUUGAAAUUGAAAGUGAACAUUUUGCUGAA